GCCAAUAUCGCAAUUGCUGCCCAGAGUAGCAAGUUAACAAAAAUUUGUCAAAUCGGAUAAAAUAGAUUUGUAAGUAUGAAAAAAUGUAUACUUUGUCGCUCAGCUUCUGAAGAUGAACUGCAUCUGGGCAAGCUAUAUGUUCAUGGAGAAAUUAUCGUCCAUCAAAACUGUCUAUAUUUGAGCUCCAAUCUUGUGCAACGGGGCAAUGCGCGCAAUGGCAUUUUAAAUUUUACAUUUAAGGACAUUUUGACUGAAUCGGAACGUACCAAAUAUAUCUACUGCUGCUUUUGUCACAGCGGUGGAGCAAACAUUGGCUGCUGCAAUUUGGGCUGCCGUAGAAGCUUCCACACUUGUUGCGGAAUAGAGAAUCGUGUUCAAAAUCAAUUUAUUGGAACAUUCAAAUCGUUCUGCAAUAUGCAUGUUAAUACAUACAGUGAGCGCCCCAAACCCGAUGAGAAAUGUGUGAUUUGCUUUGAAGACCUGUUGAAGAAGAGGGAGCGAUUCUGUCGCACCCAGCACAUUCAUGGCAAGUGCUGCAAGAAUGGCUGGUACCACAAGGACUGCUUGCAGCGCUACGCCAAUUCGGCUGGCUAUUUCUUCAAGUGUCCUCUAUGCAACGACGUCAACCAAUUUAAAAUGGUUACUUUCUGGGGCAUCUCAGUGCCCAAUCGCGAUGCAUCGUGGGAGGACAAUGAUGCGUAUGCCGAUCAGAUGGAGAUACCCCUUGACUGUGUUGCCCAAAAUUGCGUCAAUGCGGCUGGACGCAAGGGUAGCUUGCAAACUUUAUUAUACUGUCUCUUGUGUGGCUCGAAUCCGGUGCAUACACUUUGCACAUUGAUGAAGACCGAAAACUAUUGCUGUGAGGCCUGUUCCGUCGUUUUACGUAAGCCCGACGACACCACGUCUGACAGCGAGGACACUGAUGAGGAUCCACUUGAACAGUUCGUUUAUAGGUCAAAUGCAGUAAGACCCACAAACACAGCCCCUCAGACAGAGACACCGGCAACGCAGACACAGCCACAGCCACAGACACAGACACACGCCAAUGCAGAAUCCGACUCCUCGGAUUCGGAUUCAGAUUCAGAUUCCGACUCGGGCUCUGAUUUUGACUAUUAUCUAUCAAAAUUUCCACAGAAUGGAAAUGAUAAGGAGAACGUAGACAGGGCACUUGCAGUGCCAACCACAACAGCAACAGCCACAGCAUCACCAGCACAGGCAUCCCCAGCACCAAUAGCACCAGCAUCACCAGCACCAGCAUCACCAGCACCACCAGCACCACCAGUAUCAGCAGUAUCAACACCAUCAACACCAUCACUACCAUCACCACCACCUCAACUACAACCAAUACCAAUACCGGCUGAACCACAACCACAAGCACAGCCCCUUAACAUUAAUAUGAUUCCGUCCAUUGAUGAACCGUCGCGCAUGCGCAACAAUCGUCAAGGAGCUUCGAGCGCUCGCCGUGCUCAAAAUACUGUUACUGAACCGAGGCGUUUGCGUUCACGUUCAAAUCACACUCGUGGACGCAGGUCUCCAUCAACCGAGCCCGUGGAUCGGCGCAACAACAACAGGGAGCGCGGCUCCAUCCGUAACCGUCGUCGCUCUUCGAGCGAUACCCAGAAUACAAAUACAGUGACUUCGCGCGGACGCCAGCGCGUUCGCACAUUUGGGUCGCAGGUGCGCAGCCAUGGCCCUUCGCCAUUUGAUAUCUCGUGCGUGGCAAAUCGCACUCGCGCUCGUUCGCGCAGGUAAAUUACUGGAUCAGAAGCUGGUACACUAUAUAUCAAUGAAAUGAUAUAAGAUUUUUCCUUCAUGAAUGUUAUAGUAUUAUAUAAGGCGUUGAUAGUUCUGUAUUCCACAUAUCAGAUGCAGGCUUUUUUUUUAUAGUUAGUAUUUUGUUUUUCAUGUUAUGAAUAUUUUUAUGUUUGUAUACAUUAGAUAGAGAAGGAGAGAGAACUGCAUCUUGCUCAUGUUCAUAGCAGACGUUGAGACUUGA